AUGGGGUACGGGUACAUGGUUGAUCCACACUCAAGCGACCAUCUUGUUACCAACAGUGAGACAAUGAUGUCCAAUCUCAGCAACUCAACUGUCCCUUUGAGCUGGAUCUGCGACAUAAUUCCUGCGGUCAGAUUCUUGUCAGAUGGGUUCCCCAGUACCGUAUAUCGACACACGGCUCGCCAGAACGCCAAGAUGAACGGAUUUGUCAUCGACGUGCCAUUCUCCUUUUUCAAAAAACAAGUAAAGAAUGGAAGCAAUCGUUCCUCAUUUGUAUCUGAUUUACUAUCAUUACUCAAUACCGCGGAUACACAGCUCAGCACAAAGAAUGAGAAAACAAUUAAAACGACCGCAGAAAUACUGUACGCCGAAGGUUCUGUCACAACGGUUGCUUCUUUGACGAGUUUUAUGCUUGCCAUGAUCAAGUUUCCUGCCGUUCAGCGCAGGGCUCAAGCAGAGAUCGACGCGGUCGUCGGUACGGAUCGUCUUCCAGGCUUCCACGACAGAGAGCCGUCUGCCAUAUGUUGA